AUGAAGCAAGGCUCUGCGAAGAGCGUCACCGUCGGGGACGGCUGGGUCUUCGAUCCACAGCUGGAGAAGGGAGUCACGAACUUGACGAGAGUUCGAUGGCUUCUCCUGGCUCUGAUCCUGGACUUGGAGGAGAGGGUCGUGCACGAAUUCCUCGAGCAUGGCCAGUUGCCCAGCAAGCUGACAGUGGCCUACCAGGGCCCAGGAUGGAGGAAAGAGCCCGGUCCGGGGAGCACCGACGGCCGCAGCUGCAGCCGCAGCGUGGCCUUCCCAAGCGCGGCCUUCAGAGGCUUAGAGCCAACGGAUGGCAGGGUGGAGGUGCAGAUUGACAUGGGCACGAACCAGAUGUGCGCACAUGCGCCGGAGGCUUCUGCCAAGCCGGCCGCCUACAAGCACCCAGUGUACGGCACGGAGUUCCUGACGCUCUCAGGUGCUUCGGCCGUGCUCGCCGACGGCCCUGAAGUGUUGGAGGGAAGGCGCGGCGCCCGAAUCGCGGCCCUGACGAAUGCCUGCUGCACACUCAUCAGUGCGUGGGCAGCUGAGCAGGCUGGCAAGGUGCCGAUGGGCAAGCUUACCCUUACGGCCAGUGCCAUGCUGCAGGGACCAGGAUCCAAAUCUCCGACCAGGAAGAGGCCGGUGCCUGGCCAGGCUACGCUGUCUGAUUGUUUCAAGCGGUCGAGGCUUCCCGAGCAGCCGAAGAAAACGCAGCCACAGGAGGAGGCAUUAGCCGCCUUCGAGAUUAGCGACAGCGACUGA